GAGGCUGCUGCGCGCCCGGCUGCCCCGGCGCCCGCGGCCGCGCAGAGCCCCAAGGGCGCCCGCUGGCGGAGGAUGGCGCGCCUGGCGGCCGAGCUGCUGCUGCUGCUGGGGCUGCUCCUGCUCACCCUCCACAUCACCGUCCUGCGCAGCGCCGCGCCGCCCGCCGGCCCCGCCAACCACAGCCAGCGCCGGCAGGACACGCUCAACGCAGACAGCCGUUCAUCUUCUGACUCCAGCUUCACCCUAAAUCCAGAGGACAGGCGGAGCUAUCCUGACCCCCAAGCAGCACACAGGCCGUUUGCCAAACAACAAUUCAGGCAGGAAAAUGAGCAGGCGUCUUUACAAAGAGAUGGGCCUCGGUCUUUCCUUCUGGAUCUCCCAAACUUUCCUGACCUUUCUAAAGCAGACAUCAAUGGACAAAAUCCCAACAUCCAGGUUACUAUAGAAGUCGUAGAUGAUCCGGAGUCUGAAUCAGAGAAGGAUCUCCAAAAGGGAAGCGGUAAACCCAGCUGGCCUGUACCAUCACCAGACUGGAGGAACUGGUGGCAGAGAUCACCAUCCACCGUCACGCGCAUGAGUAGCGGUGACCAGGAUUACAAGUACGAUAGCACGACUGAGGACAGCAACUUCUUAAAUCCUCUUGGCGGGUGGGAUAGGCACGCCCCAAGUCACCGGACAUUUGAAUCAAAGGAGCAGCCGGAGUACGAUUACAUAGAUGGCGAGGGAGCCUGGAGUUCGUGGUCCAUUUGCAGCGUAACUUGUGGAAGCGGCAACCAGAAGCGCACCAGAUCCUGUGGCUAUGCCUGCACAGCUACUGAAUCGCGGACAUGUGAUAGGCUCCACUGCCCCGGGAUUGAAGACACGUUCAGAACUGCAGCCACUGAAGUGAGUUUGCUUGCCGGGAGCGAAGAGUUCAACGCUACAAAGCUGUUUGAAGUUGAUACGGACAGCUGUGAAAGAUGGAUGAGCUGCAAAAGCGAAUUCUUAAAGAAGUACAUGCACAAAGUGGUCAAUGACCUCCCCACGUGUCCUUGUGCAUACCCCACGGAAGUGGCCUACAGCACUGCCGAUAUCUACGACCGGAUUAAGCGGAAGAACUUUCGCUGGAAAGAUGCCAGUGGACCGAAGGAGAAACUGGAAAUCUAUAAGCCGACCGCCCGUUACUGCAUCCGCUCCGUGCUAUCCUUGGAGAGCACCACCCUGGCAGCGCAACACUGCUGCUAUGACGACAGCAUGCAGCUCAUUACGCGAGGGAAAGGAGCAGGGACACCCAACCUGAUCAGCAUAGAGUUCUCAGCAGAACUGCAUUACAAAGUAGACGUUUUGCCCUGGAUCAUUUGCAAAGGAGACUGGAGCAGAUACAAUGAAGCCCGGCCCCCGAACAAUGGUCAGAAAUGUACAGAGAACCCUUCGGAGGAGGACUAUUACAAACAAUUCCAGGAAGCAAGGGAAUAUUGAAAAGACCAGCCCAUCUUUUUCAAAGACUACAAAGCAUUUGGGGGUGGGGGCGUGAUGCAGAAUUGAAUACGCUCUUGCCAAAUGGAGUUAGUCUGUUCUAGUAAUUGUAUAUAGCUGUAUCGGGUACACAUUUUUCAUAAGGGUAUGUUAUUUAUAUAUGCACAUACAAACAUCACAUGGGCCUCUUUACAAACAGACAUGCUGUCACCUCAACAGGUAUUUGCACGGUAAUGCGCCAUCAGAGGAAGCUGUUACGUUUAAAACCAUGCUUGGUUGGGGGCUGGAUUUUGAUCUCUUGUCUGUAAGUCAGGCACGAGACUUGGAUCCUUCUGCACUCCCUACAAAAAGCCAAGUAAUAGUCAAAAGAAUUGAAUCUCAAGAUUCUCCAAUGCAACCCCUCCCCAUUACUUUAACUGGGGAUUCACCUAGUAGAGAGACCUUCCAGAGACUGGCCCAUAUCAUCUCCUCUAGGGCUGUAUCUGACAGCACAGUCUCUGCUCUUACGAUGCCCAUUCUCUACGCUGAUUGUAGCCGGGGCAGAAAUUAAUACCAGGGCCGUUUCCAGACGGCUUACCUGCCUCCAGAACGUCACGCCAUG